GUCUCUGCAACUACUAGGCUAUAUGUUUAAUAUACCAUAAUCUGAAUAGCCUCAAGUUCCAGAGGUUUUUGUAAAGUGAAUUAGACUUUAUAAAUUCAUAUCAAAUUAUGGAAUGCUGAUUUUGCAGUAAACCCCCAUCUUUGGCAUCUAGCAGCAUAACUGGAUAGGGAUAAGCAAUUUCAAUAGAGAAUAUUUUUGAGUUCAAGGAGGCUACUAAUAACUAAGGAACCUUGAGCCUUGGAAAUGGCCCUAUAGACAUGAUUUGUGGCUCCUAAACCCCAGGGCUUUUCUACUGUUUUGUCCCCAGAAGAAAAAACUGUGAAAUUAGCACCAUGGCAGUGUUUUAUACCCUAGUGUUGACUUGAUGUCUUAUUGAGAAGAGGAGAAAUUACCUUAGAUAAAGUCAACUAAAGCCUGGAUUUAGACAAUCUUAAUGCUACAUCAAAACCAGAGCUUCCCCCUGCUUGUCCUUACUCCUCUCUCCAAUGUCCCUUUGGGUAUUUAUUGUGGCAUUACCUGUAGCGAAAUAGUGCUAGGGGAUUAAGUACAGAUUGAGUAAGGCCACUAACUGUUUAUCACAUACAUUCUACUGAGGCCAUGCUUGUAACAUUUGAAUAUUCAAUUUGGCCAAUGGGAGAAUUCCAUUGAGGCAUUUUCCCUUCCCCCUCCCCUUGAUUGGUCAGGGCCUGCAGCUGGUAUUUAAAUCCACUAAAUGAACAACCUUGCUCUAAUAGAAAAGAGUAAAUUAAACCCUUUAAUCAAUGAGUAAACCUCAGCUUUGGAAAAGACCAGCUGGUGGUUGCUAUGGCCUCCAGAAAAACUGUAAAAACUCAGCUUCACACUGGUCCAGUGAAGCCAUUCAGUCAUAGUCAUCAUCAAUCAACAGCCUUUGAGAUGGAAACUGACCUGAAGAUGAGAGCAUCUCCAGAGGCAGGCACCCCCUCUCUUCGGGCAUACCCCCUUCUCUCUGUGAUCACCCGACAGCCUCCUGUUAUCUCCCACCUGGUCCCUGCCACCCCUCGAAUUGCCCAGGCAUUGUCAUGUCGCCCAGUUACAGAGGCUACCUCUGAUGCCCCAGCCAGUGAGGCCCCAGCCAGCAGUGAAUCUGAGACCGAACAGCCAGCUCCCAGGUUGAAAAAGCCCCGUCGGAGCCGAACUAUCUUCACAGAGCUGCAGCUCAUGGGAUUAGAGAAAAAGUUUCAGAAGCAAAAAUACCUAUCCACACCAGACAGGUUGGACCUUGCUCAGUCUCUGGGACUCACUCAACUCCAAGUAAAGACUUGGUAUCAAAAUCGCAGGAUGAAAUGGAAGAAAAUGGUUCUUAAAGGUGGGCAGGAAGCUCCUACUAAACCCAAAGGGCGUCCCAAGAAGAACUCCAUCCCCACCUCAGAAGAGAUUGAGGCUGAAGAGAAAAUGAACAGUCAAGCUCAGAAGGAGGAUGUCCUGGAGCCCACUGAAGAACAUGAGAAGCUGAGACCGCCAGAGGAACCUAAGGCAUCCGAUCUCCCCGUAGAGGCCCUUGAGUCCCCCAGUAGUCAAUCCCAAGAGCUGCCACUGUCCUCUUCUGAAACCGCAUCAUCAAGCUAAAAUUUACCUUUCUUGGGAGGGGAGGGAGUGACUGAGGGUAAGAGAGAGGAGGCAGGGGGAAGUAGGGAGAAAAAACUCACCAAAGAACUCAUACCUGAUGUGCCUGGGGAGGAGAGAUAGCAGGCAAAUCCCUCCCUUCCUCCCAGAAUGUUCUCACGUUGUGGUCAGCAUGCAUGCACUUGAAUGAAGACUCGUUUGUUUUAGGCCUUGCUCCUGUUGAAAGGGUGUGCUAGCCAUAGGGCUACCCAACUUGCCUAAGGAAGAGAGCUCCCUGGGGAUCUCUCACUGACACCAGGGAGAUGGUUGUGGUUCUCUGGUUGGGUACAGGAUACCGCUCUAUGGUGUAGGCUGCAUCCUGGAACAAGGAGGGAGGACACCCAUAGCUCUUUUCUCUAUCAGCCCCUGGGCAACCACCAAUCAAACAGAGAGAUAUGGAGGACCUGGGGCAGCUUCCCAGGAUCCUUGGUGACCUAGCACUUAUUUCUUAUAGAUUUUAAAGAAAGCAUUUACAAUUUUUUUGAGGGGAAGGGGAAGGGCUGGGUGGGUCAGGGAAUAAGGGAGUUCUGAAUUAUUAGAGUUGUUUCUGAAGAACGUUUCCGUUUGUUUGACGUGUGCCUUUGUACCAAUUAAAGGGUGAUAAGGUGACCCAAGAACAUUUUUUUCCUAUAGCCUUGCUCUGGGGGAUGCCAUUCCCAAUGGCUCCAGUGCAGAUGUGUUAAGAUAACUUUUAUUUUUUAAUUAAAAAAUAAAUAAUUGAAUAGUA